CAAAGAAACUUUUAAUUUUGCUCAAUCACUUUCGAAGUUUUCAACCCAUAUGCCGCUUCAUAGUUCUGACUAUUUGACUGUAAACGUCGUGUGCAUCAUGGCAUCAGCGCUGCAAGUGUUUGCAGUGGAAGGCAUCACCCGCUCCAUCUUCUUUUAUCUGGAUCUGUCGAGUCUCGACUCCUUGUUGCACGUGUUCCAAGCGACGUCGGAGCUGCAGGGAUAUCUGCAGGACAGUGCGCUGUGGACGGAAUUGUCAAUUCUGCACUUCAAAGGCCAGCGUGAUUUAGAGCUGCGGUUCUUGGCACUACCAACGCGAGAUCGAGGCUGGGAGUGGGCAACUAGCGAGCGUGCAUGUGUGGAGCUACAGGAAUUUCUCCAGUCCAUGGACGAGCGGACGCAGUUCGACGGGACUGUCAAAAUUCUGGAAGGUGACAUUGGCUACAUAAACGACAUCGACGGGCAACCUUUAGACGGUAUCGCGUUCCCCACCAAUUCGCACUUAACCAACCACUAUGUGGGCGCAGCUCAAGCUGUGUUUCGUCGUGCAGGUCGUGGCCUGACUGACCAUGUGAACGAUCCUUCCUUUCGUGGUCGACGCCCCACGGGCUCCGCUGUGGUCACCCCGGCAUUUGACGCAGGAGUGGAGAAACUCAUCCACUGUGUUGGGCCUCGGAUCACAAUGCCGAACUGCUUUGAGCUGUUGGCUACAACGUAUGAGAACGCCAUGAGUGCUAUUUUGCACGAGGAACUGAGCUGUGUGACGAUGGCUUCAAUUUCGACGGGGAACAUGGGCGUACCCUGUGAUGAAGGAGCUCAAGUGGCACUACGAACGAUACAGAAAUUCUUCCGAGCGAAUCAUUGGGACGGAAAACUCGCCAUUGUAUGCUACGAUGAACCAGUGUUGAAUGCAUUCGCGAAACAGAAGCAAGCUGUACUUGAUCGAUUCAACGAGACUUUGGAUUUGCCUGUGGUUACUCAAGACAAUCUACCUCGCUGGCCUUUCUAGAGAGUUGGUUCUUAAGAAAAAGAAAAAAAUAAUUUUGUUUUUUUGGCUCUGCCAGUUGCAGUAUAAUAUGAUAUAUAUUAUGCCACUUGGUGAAGAUGUGU